GUGUACUGUCGCUUUAAGGCGGUCACAUGACAACAGAGCCCGAAGGAGGAAGCAGGAAGUGGGUUCAUCAGGAGGAAGAGACUGAGCACAUAAACAACGAAGGAACAGAAACUAAAAUCAGGUCACACAUUCAUCGCCAUGGCCGGCAUCAAAGCACUGGUUGGUUUGUCCUUCAGUGGUGCUAUUGGACUCACGUUUCUCCUGCUGGGAUGUGCACUGGAACAGUACGGGGUAUAUUGGCCGCUUUUUGUACUGAUUUUCUACGUGCUGAGCCCCAUCCCGACCUUCAUAUCCAGACGCCUCAGUGACGACGCUGACUCCUCCAGCAAUGCGUGCAGAGAACUGGCCUACUUCUUAACAACUGGCAUUGUCGUUUCAUCUUUCGGGCUCCCUGUUGUCUUAGCCCGCACUAGCACGAUCCAGUGGGGUGCCUGCGGUCUGGUGAUGACAGGAAACGCUGUUAUCUUCCUCACCAUCCUCGGCUUUUUUGUCGUGUUUGGAGGCGGCGAUGACUUCAGCUGGGAGCAGUGGUAGAGUGCUGUUGGACAGUGGAAAGAGAGAAAGAAGGAAGGAUGGAUGGAUGGAUAGAUAAAAUGGUGGGUAGGUGGAUAACUGAAUGGAUUAACUGCAGACUAAGGAGAAUAUGUGUCUUGCACUCAGUGGCGAUAAUGAUCAGGCUGCAAAAUGUCAAAUUUAGCGGGCAUGUUAUCAGGCUGACUUUUAUAUUGGGGGAAUAUAAAAGACAACGUUAUGGACCCUAUUAAUGUGCCUUAUGUCUGGAACCAGGGAAAGACCGAUGCCUAUACCCUGCCUAUGCUUUAUCACCAUCACUUUCCACCUUAACCCGUGUAUUUUAGCUUGUCUUGCCUUUGUUUCAACCUGCAAACCCCCCUAUUCAUUGCAGUUUCCUGCUAUUUUAUUAUGCUUCAGUUAAUCAAUAUCAUAAAGGGAUCCUCACACUAAAAAAUAACCCUAUUUUAAAGCACACCACAAGGCUGCAUUAUCUGUCCUCACUGUUCAAGGGGGAGGUGGCUGUACUUAACUAUGGUUUGCUUAUCAUAAGCGCUGUUUAAGUGUAAAGGCACGGCAAGUUAUCUACCAAUGCUAUCUGACAACUAGUUGUAGGACUCGUAAUCAGGUAAAAAUAUAUAUUUGUAUUUUGGAAAUGCAUGUUUUGGCCUUAUUUGGCCUUACAUUUUGUUCUGGUGCAAUUGUUUACAUUCUCACCAAAGAUCAUUUUAGACUGCAAAAAUAGAGCAUGUUCCCCACUGAACUGUAGGUGCAGUAACAUGAUAAUCAAAAAGUCAACAGAGGCCUUUGAGGAAACAUCUUUAUGUUCGCAUCAUACAUUUAAUGUUCGGUGAGUGUGUUGAACGCAUGUUCAUGUGAUAUACCUGCAGGCUACAAAGAAAUUCAUAAAUGACAACAGAUCAUGUUUUCCAUUUAUAAAUGAUAUUUUUCCAUGUUGAAUGGUAAAUAUUGUACAUGUAUAUGUUUUUAAGGCCAAGAGUAUGUUUUUCAUCCUAAUGGAGAGGGCUUAACCUGCAAACUCAGUCCUAAGUGCCUGUACAAAUUGUUGAUAGCAGAAGUCACUGUUUGAGAUUUGACGCUUGUUGUUUUGUGUUUCAUCUUCAGGGGCCAUUGAAAUCUGUAAGUGUAAAUCGAUAUAACAUCCUCGUGUUCUGUUCCAAUGUCGUCAGUUACCAUUAAUCAGGAGGUUCAGACUAUCAACGAUGUGUUUUGAAAGUUCUGUUCAGUGUCCUGUAAAAUGCUGAUCAUCUCAAUAUCCAAUAUGCAAAUUCGCUACAAGGAAAGCUUUCUCACAUUCUCACAACUGACAUGUUCAAAUGGGAGUUUGUUCUUUCUAGUGUGCCUCUCGUAGCAACACUUUUAAAACACUAAUAAGUGCUGAAAAGCACUCAAAGGUAAUUUUAUUAGCUCCCGACUGCAUUUAGUUUUCUAACAUUGAUUAAACUCUGUAUAGUAAAACCAA